UUAAAAUUUUAAGCUUAUACAGUCGUCUUGAUUUACAUAACGCCAUUUAAAGAUUUGUUUCUCAACAGGGUUUCCCUCCUUUAUCUCUUGUUCUUUCUUUUGCCUAUGUUAUCUUGAUUUAUCUGCAGCUUCUUGAUUUGAUUCCGAAGUUUAUCCAAAUUAGGGCAUAUUCCUUGAGAUUAUAAUCAAACCAAGUCGGGUUAUAUAAAUACUGUGAUUAUAGCACCAGGAAGAGGGAGACAGAAAGAAAUCAUGGACCUCCAAACUCCAUGUAAUGCCUGCAUUUUGGUUAGCCAAAGACUAGCUCUGCCCAGGCAGUCAUUGUCCAAAAGCAAGAUCAACAUUCCUUUUAAUCGCCGUAAAGCAAAGUCAGAGCUCCGAACUGCUGUUGCAGUAAACGGUGGAGUCCAGUCCCCCUCGGUUCCCACCCACAAAAUCACUGUUCAUGACCGUCAACGUGGUGUCAUCCAUGAAUUUUUUGUCCCUGAGGACCAAUAUAUACUGCACACCGCCGAGGAUCAGAACAUAACUCUACCCUUUGCUUGCAGGCACGGCUGUUGCACCAGCUGUGCCGUCCGUGUAAAGUCUGGGCAACUCAGACAGCCUGAAGCAUUAGGGAUAUCUGCUGAACUGAAAUCUAAGGGGUAUGCACUUCUUUGUGUGGGCUUCCCAUCAUCUGACCUGGAAGUUGAAACUCAAGAUGAGGAUGAGGUCUACUGGCUUCAGUUUGGAAGAUAUUUUGCUCGAGGACCUAUUGAAAGAGAUGACUAUGCACUGGAAUUGGCUAUGGGAGACGAGUAAAGCAUGUUAUGUUGCGUACAUAAUGAGUGAGAGAAUGUACCUGUAAAAUUAUCUAUCCAUCUCUCUGUGUCAUGUGCUUUCAAUAAAGUACACGUUUUUUCUUUA